CGCUUACUUGGAGCGACGCCGAGGUUCCGUUGACAUUAUUCUUGGAACGGUUCAAUCUGCCACAAAUUGUACAGAUUAGCGAAGGAGCGUAUGGAGCCACUGACGAAACAACACUGGGUCGAGGGCAGGAGCUCAAUCUUCACGCUCUAAAAGACACGCAAUAUUAUCUGGGAAUCACCGAUAUAGGGGAAGAGAUAUACAUCCCCUUAAACUCGCCCCACAAAGUCCAGGUUUUCGUGGAAAAGUGUUUGGAUGAUUGCAAUACUCCUAUGAGGGCAUGUUCAGUAUUUCCGAGUAAAUACACAUACGUUCGCUUACCAAACGGCAAUGGAACAAAGGGAGACGAGGAGGGGGAAAAAUUGAAAGCAUUGUAUUUCGACAAGGAUAAGAUGAAGUUAAUCUGCCUGGACAGUCGCGGUUGUGAAGUCACUUUGGGUUUGGAUCAGUUGAGCGAACUCAUUGUUACAGAAAAGCACAAGGAUGCUGUUUUCAUUGCUGAAGCACAUGACAAAUUUUCACUGCCUUUUACUGUGCAGUUUAUAAAGCAAAGCAGCUCGUCUGGGUACCUUCCAAGAGGUUUGAUACGGGUGAGAAAGAUUGUCUUAAAACAAACCGUCAUCGCAACGUCUCGUGACGUGGAAAGCCAGUCGAUAUUAACGUUUCCCAGCACGCUUGACGUGACUGUAUUCGCCCCGCUUGAGGCGACUGGCAGCCAUUCACAAUAUCGUAGUUUAUGUGAGGAUAUUAACAGCAAGAUGAAUCUGACAAAGGUGAAAGAAAACAUCGCAAAAAAUGAAGGGAUAUACGAUGACGUUGAAGCCGCCGUCACGGCUAUCCCAUAUGCAGAGUCAUUUUUCGGCAAACAACCUGCGGUUGAAGCUAGCCCCACCGAGGAGGAUGAAGAUUAUCCCUUGGACGAUGGAGGAUAUAUUGAUAUGGAGUCCCUAUUCCAAAAGAAGGACGAAGAUGAUGAGGCGUACGAAAAACCAGCUGAAGGAACGUGUAAGCUAGAAAGCCCUGUUGGCGGGAAGAAAAGUAGCACGGUUCCCAGAAACCCGAAGACUCCUUUUAAUGCAAAGUUUUCUACGUUGCCCGUUACAUCACGUUCUCCUGGUUUGCCAAAAAAAGAUGCCGCUGACAGCACAAGCCCCAUAACGUCGCCCAAAGGUACUGGGAAAGGCAAAGUAAUCGGUUUCAUUCAAACACUAUCGAGGAAAUUAAGCAGUAGCUCAGGGCUGUCAUACUCUACAACACCUCCGGCAGACACCGAAAAACGUCAGGAAGAGGCUGAUGAUGACAAUGGCGAUAGCGAUGAUGAUGAUUAUGAGCCUCCACCAGUCCCUAUUUCCCCUAUUUCCUCUAUUUCCCCUGUUUCCCCUGUUUCCCCUAUCGAUUACAACGACCGUUUUAAACAAACGCGCCAAAAGAUUAUCAAAUCCAGCCGCAAGACAGAGGAUUUGACAGUGCAUGAGAUCAAGACGUUACUGGAUGACCUAAACUUGGGACAGUAUAGCGAAGUUUUUGAGAAGGAACAAGUGGAUGGUAAAAUCUUAAAAGAGUUGGACAAGGAAAUCCUUCAGUCCCAUUUUAAGAUGACACCGUUUCAUGCUCACAAAUUGAUCAAAGCUAUCAGCGAAAACUGGCGACCCACGAUCACAGAUUGAAGGGGAAUUAAGGUUGCCGUUUAGGUUGGGACUUGUCAAGACAAUGAUGACAACACAAUAGGGACCUUAAGCAUGUAGGACGGCAACACGACCUUAAGCAUGUAGGACGGCAACACGACGACGACGUGGUUGGAAUACUCCUUUGAAUUAAUGUUAUGGCAAAGCGUUGU